CACACGUUGAAAUAACACCCCACCCCUCGGCGCUCUGCUGCCAGCUGUUUCUGGUUAGGCAGUCGGGCCUGCAGUGAAGAGGAGGACGAGGCAGGCCGGAGUCAUGAAUCGGCAGCUGGAGCUCGCUGCCCUCGGCCUGGCCGUCGUCGGGUGGCUGUGCGCCAUCCUGACACGCUGCCUGGCCCUGUGGAAGGUGAGCGGCACUCUGGACAACGCCACGGCCACUCUGCCUGCCUACUGGGACGGGGUGUGGCUGGAAUGGGAUCACUGGGAUUUAAACAACGAUGGCAGCCUGCACUGCUCCUUCUAUCAGUCUCUCAUGUCUCUUUCUGGAAGUUUUCGGACUUGGAGGGCCCUGAUCAUGUCUGCUAUCGGAGCUGGAGCCUUCGCUACAGUGAUUGCAGCGGUAGGGUUGGUGUGGUUCCCUAAACGCGGACAGGUCAAAGUGUUUUCUGGUGGUCUCUUUGUUUUGUCUGGGAUCCUGCUGCUGGUUCCCACAGCCUGGACGUGCCAUCACACCAGUCAGCCACUGGAGGGCGCUGUGCUGCUGAGGAGAGACUGGGGACCUGCCUUGUACCUCGGAUGGAUCUCCUUUGGCCUGAUGCUGGUCGGCGGGGUGUUUCUUACCACCAGAUGCCCCACUGCUGAGAACCAAGCGGAGCCGCGUGAAGACAGCAGGUAUCCGAACCUAGAGGAGGAGGCUAAUCACCCCCUGAGCAGGAUCAACAGGACUACGUUCACGAGCAGCCAGUAUGAACGCAGAUCACAGCCCAUCUGAGACUGACAUGGAUGUAAUAUUUAACAGAGUGUGUGUGUGUGUGUGUGUGUGUGUGUUUGAACUGGAAAAUCAUUGAUAUGUGAAAUGGCUGUGGGUAGAUGUAACAGUUGAGGCUGCACGUGUUGAGUAAUGAUGCACUGGUUUAACUCAGAGUGAACUUAACAUCAGAGCAUGCAGACGAAGCCUUGUUUCCUGUGAUUAGUUUUAUUAAAAGGGAUGCGGGUAGAAGUUUGACAUUGCAUCUUGUUUUGCUGUGUUUUGUGAAUCUAACAAACGUCUGCAUUUCUAAUUGCCACUAUUUAAAUUUACUGUAAAACGAUGCUUCUGAGUGUCUGCGGCUUUACUGGAUGAACUAAUUCUGCUGAUAACUGUGUGAGACUGAAGGCUUACAACUGCCUGAUCAUUUCAACACAUUGUAAUGUCUUAAAUGUGACGAUGAUUCUACGAUCGGUUUCUGUUGCUGUACUGCACAAAAACGUUGCCCUACAUUAGAGUAAUGCAACUUUACAUACAUCUUAAAGGACACUGUGGAAUAAAGGAUCUGAAAUGAUUAAGGAACACUUGUUUACAGGAGUUAUUUGACUUAAGUCAUGCACUACAGUGGUUUUAAUUAAUAACAUCACAGAGCACUUGAGGUAAUAACAUGAGCAAUCUUGAUGGGUGCUUGAUGAAAAGGAAGCAGCCAAAAUCUUUAGAGCAUCUUUAUAGUAAAAUUAUAAACAGAUGUGACGCUGGAUUGUUCAGAUUUCUAUUUGCUGAUCAGUGUUUUGCAGGUAUUUCAUGGAAUAUUAAGUCUGAAACAUAAGGACACAACAUACAGACACUUCAGUUUGUCUGAUUUCACAAUCAAAGAUUAACUCGAGCAGAAAAACAUCAGCUGCACAAUAUUUUUGUGCAACUGUUUAAAAGAAUCUUAAGUGUUUUUACAAUAAGCACAUUUCCUACAUGUCGGAUUUAGAGUUCUCUACUUUGAGCUGAAAGCCUCAAAUCAGUUUGAGCAUCAACAUUUCUUUGAGUUGUUUGAUUGUGAAGGUGUUUUGUCUCCAUUUUUCUGCAGUCGUAACAUCUGGAUGUUGGAGUUUUGUGUGAUUCCUACAAAACUUUUGCAAAUAAAAAAAAUUCUAAAAAUGU